UGUUUUUACAUAAUUACUAGCUCAAGCUUAAAUUUUAACUUGUUCAUUUUCUGUUGAACCAAAUAUGUGCUUGAUAGUGCGUAAUAACACCCCCAUUAAUAUAAUUAAAAGCUAAUCAGAUGGCACAUUUAGGCAAAGAUGAUGUUAACUGGCUCGUCCCUACCUUGCCUCUCCAUCUCUACAGUUUGGGCAGGAGCAGGCGACUCGACGGAGCCUCUUACUGGGUGGCCCCUCCUGGUCUGAGGAGCUCUGCACAGACCCUAACUGGUCUGGACUCAUCGAGGAGCCGGAUGCCACGUUACCCACUGUGACCGUCACAGGGGACGACUGAACUUUGACCCCAUCCUGCCCCUGUGGUUGACCUGACAGUGACAAAUGAGAAAGACAAAGACUGCUGACAAAGUAUUCCAAAGUCCACGGCUGUCACAAAGUUGCACGUUUUCAAGUUGCAGAAACUACACUUUUCCGGUCUGGGAGGUGAAGGAAACCUUUGACACAUUCUUCAGGGGUACCGGGAGAACCUGAAAAUGGUCCUUCAUCAUUUUUGAUGGCACCCAUCCUGUCAUGGGUGGAAAAAGUCUGCACAAGGAAUAUAAUUCGCUGCAGCGCGGAGAGCGCCGCACGUGUCAUUUGCGUCACCAAAGAUCAUCACCGACUGAGAAUUUGCAGAAUGCCUCUCGUGGCGACAAGGACAGGACAGCUGAGCAUUAUGGCUCCCCUCCCACUGCAAGCAGACGCAGACAAAAGAGGAGCUGCCAAGGAUUUACUAUCUUGGACCGAACGUCCCACUGGUUGCACUGCACACUUUUGCUGUGUGUGAAAUUUACGACGUUCUGCCUGGAGCGCCAAACUGCAGAGACAUAACCUGUUCUGGCCUCUGAUUGGUUCUCGGGCCUCCGGGAUUCAAAGGCAGGAGGAAGCCUCAAGUACAAAAGAGCAAACGAGCAACAGACACAUACAGACGUUGGCGUGACAGCUCAAACCAUGGCUGCAACACUGCUGGGGGAGGAGUCCCGGUUGGGCAGCACUCCUCUGGCCAUGCUGGCAGCCACUUGCAGCAGAAUAGGUGAGUCCAGUCCCUCCUGCUCCCCUGCACUCUCUGAUGGGCCCACUGGACUCACCAAGGGCUUCCACCCAUGGAAAAGAAGCGUCCCGGGCUCCAGCGGCUUGUCCACUUGCCUCACCUCCCUUGGGGUGCCCCCUGUGACCUCCAGGAGUAACGGGGUGGGAUUCCCUGAGUCUUCAAGUGCCUUCUCGGUGACCAACACCAAUCUAUUUGGGAAUGAUUUUCCAACUUUCCAGAACUCGGGGCCGGGUGACACCGGUAUUCCUGAUCCGACCCAUGCACAGCGAUCCAUGCUCUUCACCAAGUUACCCUCAUCGGUGGAAGGUAUUGCUCAUGGGAUCUACCCACGGCUCCACACCCAUCCAUAUGAGUCGUGGUUUAAACCCAUGGGAGAAGUCGGGAGCGGGGCAUCUUCCUGGUGGGACGUGGGGACCACUUGGGUGGACACUCAGAACCCAGCAGUAGUGCCGUCCUCUCUGGGUGGCUACUCGGAGCACAGCUCCACCUUCAGCUCCGGUGCCGCUCAGCAGCAUGUCCUCCCCGGCACGCAGCACUUGUUUGACGGCUUCAGGCCACUUGCUCCCGCCUCCUCGGAGUCCAGUACUCCCGGUGCUUCCGCGGGGAGCCCGGUCCUCCCUCUUCCGGCUACUUCCCGCUCCUCCUCGCGGCGCUACGCGGGCAGAGCCACCUGCGACUGCCCCAACUGCCAGGAGGCGGAGAGACUCGGUCACGGCGCGGCGAGCCCUCGACGUAGGGCCCUGCACAACUGCCACAUUCCGGGAUGCGGAAAGAUUUACGGAAAGACGUCCCACCUCAAGGCUCACCUCCGCUGGCACACCGGGGAGAGACCUUUCGUCUGCAACUGGCUCUUCUGCGGGAAACGCUUCACGCGGUCCGACGAGCUCCAGCGACACCUGCGCACUCACACCGGAGAGAAGCGCUUCGAGUGCGGCGUCUGCCACAAGCGGUUCAUGCGCUCCGACCACCUGAGCAAACACGCCCGGACGCACGGCGACGAACCGGGAGUCGGUAAAUGUAGCAGUGACACGGACAACAGUGUCGCAGGAAGUCCCAGUCAGUCCCCGGAGAUACAUGGGACUGUCCACACUAACGAGGUGAAAUAAACUGCAGACAUUCUGCAUACAGAACAAGGAAAUGGCACUUUAUGAUGAAUGUCAGCAGCGGUUGAACACACUUACCUCAUCUCUUAAUUGUAGCCUUCUUAAAUAAUAAACACAUACUCUAUUAAUUUCAUGUUGCCUAUUAACUGUGCUUAAUUUAUUCAACACUACAUUUUUAAAAAAUUACAAAUUAGGUGUACAUAGCGGGGGUUAUUUCUUCUAGCGCUUUUGACUGUAAAACUACAUGUUGAUAAUUUAUAUUUCUGGUCUAUAUUCACUGGUGUCAAUAAAGGCAGUUCAAACUUUCCCGUGC